UCACACGAAAUGCAGCCAACUUGACAGGUGUAAACAAUCGAAAUACCCAACCGAUUACUAAUUAAUCAUCACGAAAAACACCCAAAUUUGUAAAAACCACCCGAAAUGACGCGUUCGGGCUCGGUGGAGAAAACCGACUACCCCAAGGCAUCAGGUUACCUCGUAAAUGGGGCCUUAUUGACCUACAUCGCAGGCCUAUUUCUCAUGAUCGCCUUCUGCAGCCCCUACUGGGUCAAGUCUUUCGACGAAACCUUCUCCGAAUUCAAGAACAUGGGUCUCUGGGAAUACUGCUUCGAGAAUUUCCGCUACCCCUACUACCAAUUCGACCACCUCUUCAACGGCUGCCACCACGUUUUCAGUCGGGAGUUCUACGUGAUCCGCGAGUGGCUGCUGCCCCCGUGGCUCAUGACGGUGCAGGCGUUCGUGACCAUGUCCUUCCUGCUCAGUUUCGGCUCUCAGGUCUUGAUGGCGCUCCAACUGUGUCGCUGGCCCCUCGAGUUCGUCCUGCGCUACGAAUACAUUCUUUCAGCAAUCGACUUUGUUUGUGUGGCAACCACAACUGUUUUUAUGUUUCUUGCUGUGGCGGUCUUCGGGGGAUCGCACGUGCGCCGGGACUGGCUCAUGUACCCCAACUUCAACUACCUGUGUUGGUCUUAUGGGCUGGCUGUCAUUUCGUUUUUCUUCCAUGGGUUUGCCGCGAUCUGUCUGUAUUACGAGGCGCGGCAGAGUUACAAGUUCAGGAGGGAGGCGAAGAGUCUCAUCAUGCAGAUGCACCCCAAUCCGCAGCACCGUUUGGGGUGGUAGAGGGGGGUGGCAGACGAUCGAAACAAAGGGGAUUAGAGUUGGCCGUGAUUUUAACAUUUUAGUUGGCGACAGAUUUUAACUUCAUGAUUUGAAUCACGGGAUCUAAUUUUUUUCGAUCGCUCGGUAUAUUGCGCACGGUGUGCCUUAAGAUAUUUCUGUGAGUAAGUACCUAGAGCACUAAUGUAUUCAUAUUUAACGUACCUCUUUACUAAACUUACGCCUUGAUGGAUAUUACACAUUCCGUCCGUUUAUUAAUGCAUGCAACUAUAAUAUUAUAAUAUUAUCUUGAGUGUUGUUAGAAUUUUUUACUUUUCGUAUUUUUUUUUUUUUUUGAGAUUGUUAUGUUUAUUAUAAGAAUGAAGUAUUUUUGUAUCCAUGUGUUGGAUAUGCUAUUUU